CUCUCUCUCUCUCUCUCUCUCUCUCUCUCUCUCUCUCUCCGCAUGAGCGUCAAAAAAGUAACAUGCAUCAAUAGUAAAUAUUGUUAAAGUACGUAACCUGUUUCAGUGAGUGAUACGUUUAGUGACAUAGCUUACAGCAAAAACUUUCCAACAACCAUUUAAUGUGUUUUAUCAAAAAAUGUAUGUUGUUCGACAAAACAUGCAUUUAUAAUAAUUUAUAUAUAUAAAAAAGAACAUCAGUAUUUUAAGGCAAAUUACUAUAUGGAAUCCUCGAGAACCAACAUUAACAGACAACAUUUUAGGAACACGAAUAUAACAAUUAUGAUGUCUUGUAAUCGAGUUAUAAGUUGAACAAAUGAAUGGUUAUAAUGGUAAAAUUGUUUGGUUAAAAAUAUAAGCAGCAUUCAGAGUUUUAAUAAAUAUAUAAACCGAUAUCCAGAAAGAUAUUUAAGUAAAGAGAGUUUUGCCAGCAGACGCAGUGACAAUCAUGUGACUUCAAUAACCAGACACCAGUACAACUGAGAACAGACAGAAAUUGCUUUUAUAAUUAAGUUUUAUUUCAAAUUAGUCUUUGAAAAUCAUAGAAGAAAAAAAAGGUAUUAAGAAAUGUGCCGUGUGGGUAAAGUUCUAUCUUGCUUUCUUUGCUCGUUUUAAUUUUAUUUUUACGAACAUUUCUGUGAAUAUGACAGACAUUUGUUUAUUUUCCUCAUGCAAAAGUAAAAUUCGUCAAAACUAUUCAAAUAUACGUACUGUUGCGGACAAACAACGACAGGGCAACGGAAGAUACAAGUCAAAUUGUUUGCGAGCGCUCAGCCUUCUAAACACAACAAUGACGAAAUAAUGACGUCACUAGGUCUCCGACGUAACGUUCACAGUCCACAGUCUUGUGAAGUUUAUGGGAGUUUUGUAAAUAAUCAUGAUCAUGAUUUGAAAAACCGCGGCCCAUGUACGUCUAGAACGUGAGAACGGAUCCAUGAGGCAGAUUUCGAAAGUUUGGAAGGAUGAACAACUCGACAGCGGGGAGCUGUGUGAAUAUUCUGUCCAGCACUGCGUUUCCCCGACAUGUAUAUGGAACUCCAGUGGUAGUUGUUAUCAUCGCUCUGCUAACCUGCAUCACUGUUUUAGCAAUCGCUGGAAACUCACUGGUCAUCACCGCCGUCAGAACGUACACUCGACUGCAGACACUGACCAACGCUUACGUGGUGUCCUUGGCCAUAGCGGACAUAAGUGUGGGCAUCUUGGUGAUGCCGUUGGAGAUCUACAAACAUGCGUCGACCAAGGAGUGGAACCUGGGGCACCUGUCGUGCCUCUACUUAUACAGCGUAACCAUCAUGAUGUGCACGGCGUCCAUAUACAACAUCGUCUGCCUCACCAUAGACCGAUACACAGCCACAUGCAGACCUCUUGAGCACAGCCAGACGUCGCAACAUUCGGUGAUUAUGCUGAUUCUCGGAAGUUGGUUGUCGCCCAUCUUUCUGUCCUUCGUUCCCGUGAUGACCGAAUGGCACACCAUCGGUAUAGAGGACAAGGUCAACUGCAUUCAAUUCCUUGGGAAUAACAGAGUCUGCUUUGUGAUCAUCAACCGCCAGUUCGCCGUCAUAUUGUCCGUGUUGGCCUUCUACCUUCCAGCAUUCGUGUUGAUGUUUCUACACUGGAGGAUGUAUCUGUCCGCAAAGGAGGCAAUAAAGAAGAUACAACCGUCUCACGACAAGACCAGGCAGCUGAUAAACCUCAGAGAGAAGAAACCGGCAAAGACCGUCCUCGCCAUCAUGGGCUGUUUCACCACCUGCUGGCUGCCUUUCUAUGUCAUCAACGUGGCCGAUCCAUUCCUCGACCACACAAUCAACCGCAACAUCUGGAACGGCACGCUCUGGUUGGGAUACAUGCAGUCCGUGAUGAACCCGUUUCUCCUUUAUGUCUUCAACAGGUCAUUCAGACACGCCUUCCGCAGAUUGUUUGUCAAAUACGGAAUACAGAAGGGUGCAUCCCAUCCAGGUAUGCAUUGGAGGAAUACGACGGAGACAACGUCUAGAAUGGCCAUUGUCUCGGGAAUGCCCGUCUCUGACAUUUCCAGUUCAGGGAGCACAUGGGAUUGUGGACCGAAUACAGUGAUUCUGAAGGAGCAAGUGCCAAACGCUAAUGUAGCUGCACCGGUUCGUCCUGCCCCCGUAAAACAAGUCUCUAAAACACGUUUUCACCAGGCAGCUUAUCUAAGAGGAACCUUUCAAAGUAAUCAAAGACGAAAUAGUAAAAUUAAUCGAAGACUAAAUAGUCAAAGACGAAAUGUGCAAGUGCUUCGUGGCAUGGCCAAGCGGAUAGUGACCCAACAAAAACAAGAUCCAAAAGGAAAAAGACGUGGUUCUGGUGGUUCGCUAGCCAAGGUCCCGAAGAAGGCAUCGUAGUCUAUAUAAUAUAUAUAUAUAACAGGUGGUUUUGAGUGUGUGUGUGUGUGUGUGUGUGUGUGUGUGUGUGUGUUUGUGCGUGUGUACGCGCGCCAGCCAACGUCUGGUUUCAGGCAUCGUAGUCUAUACAAUCUUGGGUUGGUUGGGUUCUUGUGUGUGUGUCGACAGCCAAGGUCCCGAAGCAGCCAUCGUAGUUUAUACAAUGUUGCGUUUUGUGUGUUUUCUGAUGAGACCCUAAAUAAGAAAAUCACCUUAAUGACUCUUUGCCACCAUCACCGAAUAUCCCAUUCUCAGCAUGAUGCCCAUACUCCUGUAGUUCCUCCCACCAGGAAACAGUGUUUUCGUAACAAAAAUGUAUUAUUUCUGAACACAAAAAUAGUGGUUGUUGCGAGGGGUUCUGUUGGGGUUGUUUUGUUAAUGAUCUUCUUUUUUUUCUUUUUUUUCUAAACACUUUUCCUUUUGUUCUUUCAUAAAAACAAACUUAAAUUAUUUACACAAAAACACAACAAUGUUUAUGGGGUCAGGCAAGGACUACUGUUGGCGAUUUGAAUCAAUCCAAAAUGGCAUUUUAGGGCUUUUAAAUUUUAAUCAUAUUAAUCAUCAUCAACAACAUCAUCACCACCACUGCCACCAUUACCACCAUCAUCAUCAGUUUAUUUUAUUUGUUUCAAAAUUUUAUUAUUAUUUAUGUUGCUUGACAGAGAUAAUUUUCACCUAAUUACAGAUCACCAUCAUAUUAUUCAGUUGUGUAAAACAAACUGCAAAGCAGCUGGACCUUUCACAUUCUACAAUGUAUGUUAGUCACACGGACACCGCAUUAAAGGGACAUUCCUGAGUUUGUUGCAAUUUUUAACAUGUUAUCGACUAACAGAGACUUUUUUAACGAUUGUUAUUACAUAAAAUAUUAGCGUCUG